AUGCCUCGUCAACGCUCCGUCGGCCGCGCUCCUUCGCGCCCUACCGCUUCUGCUCCCGCCCCCCAGCAGCGCCGCCCUGCCACCACCGUGGCCGCUCCUCCUCAGCAGCACGCUCCCCAGGCCAUGAUGCCUCCCCAGCAGGCCUCUCAGGGCCCUGGACUAUUUGGCCAGAUGGCCAGCACUGCUGCCGGUGUCGCCAUCGGCUCCUCCGUCGGCCACGCAAUCGGCGGCCUCUUCAGCGGCGGUUCCUCCGAGCCCGCCGCUCCCGUCCAGGCCCAGGCCGCUCCCCAACAGAACCAGCAGUACAACAACUGCGCCGGCGCCGCCCAGAACUUCACAAAGUGCCUCGACGACAACGGCGGCAACAUGCAGAUCUGCAACUGGUACCUUGAGCAGCUCAAGGCUUGCCAGGCCGCCGCUAGCCAGUACUAA